ACGGAAAGGUCAUAAAUGAUAAUACACGAAUUUACAAGCGUGUAGCAGUGCUUAUUUGUGCCAGUGUAAUAUUUUAAGACUCGACGUGUUUAUCUCCGGGUUAAGCUGAGUGAUUUGAAGCAGUCCAGACAGGAGCGGACUGUGUAUGAGCUGUGUGGUUAAAUACCGCUUCGCCUUUUUCUCCUCAGCCGGUCAGUCAGUUAGCUACCUAGCGGCUAGCCUCAGCAGCUAGCUGGUAGCUAUGGCUGCAGUUAUUCUGAGUUUCCCAACUCUGCAGGGUCUGAGGGUGUUUACACAAAAACUGUCAUGGACCAAAAGAGGCGUGAGGCUGGUUUCAGGAGGGGUUGGAAGGAUAGAAAAGGUGCUGAUCGCCAAUCGAGGAGAGAUCGCGUGUCGUGUGAUGCGCACGGCCAAAAAGAUGGGCGUCCGCUCCGUGGCCGUGUACAGUGACGCAGACAGACACUCCAUGCAUGUGGCCAUGGCAGAUGAAGCCUAUCACAUCGGCCCUCCUCCCUCACAGCAGAGUUACCUCUCUAUGGAGAAAGUUUUGGAAGUGGCAAAGAAGUCUGGAUCACAUGCGGUCCACCCUGGUUAUGGCUUCCUGUCAGAAAACACAGAGUUUGCGGAAGCGUGUAAACAGGAAGGAAUCAUCUUCAUUGGGCCACCUUCCUCUGCCAUCCGAGACAUGGGCAUUAAAAGCACAUCCAAACACAUCAUGUCAGCGGCUGGGGUACCGAUUAUUGGUGGUUACCAUGGCGAGGACCAAUCGAAUGAGAGGCUACAAGCAGAGGCUGCACAGAUAGGAUACCCUGUGAUGAUUAAGGCAGUCCGUGGAGGAGGAGGGAAGGGGAUGCGUAUUGCACGGUCAGACUCUGACUUCUUGGAGCAGUUGGAGUCGGCGAGACGAGAAGCCAGAAAAUCCUUUAACGAUGACGUCAUGCUGGUUGAGAAGUUUGUAGAGGAUCCAAGACAUGUAGAGGUUCAGGUCUUUGGAGACAUGCACGGUAAUGCUGUCUAUCUGUUUGAGAGAGACUGCAGCGUCCAAAGGAGACAUCAGAAGAUCAUAGAGGAAGCACCGGGGCCUGGUAUUAGUCCUGAGGUUCGGAGGAAACUCGGAGAGGCAGCAGUCAAAGCAGCUAAGGCUGUCAGCUAUGUCGGGGCAGGCACGGUGGAGUUUAUAAUGGAUGCACAGCACAACUUUUACUUCAUGGAGAUGAACACCAGGCUGCAGGUGGAACAUCCUGUCUCUGAGAUGAUCACUGGAACAGAUCUGGUGGAGUGGCAGCUCAGGGUGGCAGCAGGGGAGCGCCUGCCUCUCCUCCAGGAUGACAUCAUUUUGUCGGGACACUCUUUCGAGGCUCGCAUCUACGCCGAGGACCCAAACAACGACUUCCUUCCAGGGGCGGGACCUCUGCUGCAUCUCUCCACCCCUCCAGCAGACCAGCACACACGCAUAGAGACUGGAGUCAGGGAUGGGGACGAGGUGUCGGCACAUUAUGACCCAAUGAUCGCCAAGCUUGUGGUGUGGGGAGAAGAUCGAUCAGCUGCAUUAAAGAAGCUGCGAUACUGCUUAAGACAGUACAAUAUCGUAGGGUUGAACACUAACAUCGACUUCUUGCUGAGUCUUUCGGGCCACCCGGAGUUCGAGGCUGGAAACGUGACCACCAGCUUCAUCCCUCAACACUAUGCCGACCUCUUCCCCACCCCGAGAGCUCCUUCUGCGGAAACAAUCUGCCAGGCUGCCCUGGGCCUGGUGCUGCAGGAGAGGAAACACACACAGGAGUUCACACAGACCUCCACUGAUCCAUUCUCCCCAUUUGGCUCCAGCAGCGGCUGGAGGAGCAACAUUCAGUUUAACAGAAACAUGACACUACAGCUGGGAGACAAAAAAGUCGACGUGGUUGUCGUCUACAACAAAGAUGGAAGCUAUGCGAUGCAGAUUGGUGAGGAGGUGUACCAUGUGACGGGAGAGGUGGAGAUGGAAGGUGGAGUGUCAUUCCUGCACUGUUCUGUCAAUGGUGUGAAGUCUCGUCCCAAACUGGUGAUCCUGGACAACACGGUGCACCUGUUCUCCAUGGAGGGAAGCUCAGAGGUGUCCGUCCCAGUGCCCAAGUAUCUGGCAGGUGUGAGCGGCUCUGGAGCUCAGGGUGGAGCUGUGGCGCCCAUGACUGGAACCAUAGAGAAGGUGCUUGUGAAGGCCGGAGACAAAGUGGCUGUAGGAGACCCACUGAUGGUCAUGAUCGCCAUGAAAAUGGAGCACACGAUUCGGGCACCCAAAUCCGGCGUGAUCAAGAAGGUUUUCUUCAGCGAGGGCUCUCAGGCCAAUCGCCACGCUCCUCUGGUCGAACUGGAAGAGGAGGCGGAGGAGGAGGAAGGGGGAAGCCAGUGAACGCACUCAAACACACAACCACACCCACAAACGCACACUGACACGUAGGAGGGAGACAGAACUAGUUACUGUGACAACUGGAGGGAAAUGAGUCAAUCUUAAAGUCAGGACGUCAACCUUCAGUUUGGUUCAGUCUGGAGUGGAUGAGAUAAAAAAAAAUACCGUUCAUGCUUUAGGAUCCAAAAAACAUUUAGGAAGGUCAGAAACGGUCACAGUGACCUGAAACAUUUCUGGGUUUGACAACACUGCACAAAUCUCUAAUGUCCAGUUGCUUUUACAUCCACAUGUUACCUUUAUGUUUGUUUCUGCUUUUCUUUUUCUCGUCUCAUUAAAUGUUUGCAGUAAUCAGUAAAUCUCUGAUGAUAAUUUCAGUUUUUCCCCUCAUGUUUCCUGUCUGUGUGUCUGACAGCGAUGUAGUGUUAGUUGAAGAGCGAGCAUUCUCCUGUUCAGUACAGUUUAAUGCACUUUUGUACUGUCCCUUCUAUGCACACUGUGUGCUUCUUUAUCUUUACGCAGUGACACAGCUAAGUAGUGGUUUGUGAUCAUAUCUGAUGUAGAAGAAAAUAAAUAAUGAUGAAUAAAUGAGGUGGGACAUUUGCAGAAUCAUGCUGUAGUGGUCUAUAGGACUGGGGGUGGGGGACUUCAUAUUUAUGUGACCUUUACUGAGCGAAUCAACAAAGUUAUUGUCACAGUCCAGUAAGAACCAUGUAACACACGCUCCUCUAGAGCUGUCCUAUCACAUGUAAAUAUACUAAACCUGCCAGUAUUUAAAAAUGCGUGGUCACUGAGCUUAAACCAAGACCGUUGUUCUUCGUCAUUAAAAAUGAAGCCACAUGACUUUUACUGGACAGUGAUGAUUAGAGGAAACAGGCUGGAUGUAAACUUAUUUUUGGUGUGUGAGAAUAUUUUGGGUUGAUUCACACUUUUUGUCCUUCCAGACUUUAUCAGCUACCCCCGAAGUGUGUUCGCUCUUAUAAAACCAGCUGUAAGCCUGUUGUAGAGGCGAUUAUAACAUUUCACUAAAAUUGGGA